AUGGAACAGAUUAAUGUCCGACAUCGUUUGAGUGAGCUCGAAAAUUGUGCAGCAAAGCUUGCUGAGCUCAAAUCAUUCUUGAAACAAAACUAUGAAACGACCCUUCGUGAAAUCAAUCAAGUAAUGACAAUGGAGAUUUCGAUGAUUCGUGCACGCGAGGAAGAUCUCAUCGAUGAUUUAACCAAAAUUCACGAUGAGAAGGAGAAGAAAAUUUCGCGAAAACAACGGGCCAUCGAAAAUAUGAUUGGUGCCUGUCAACACGCACUUGCAAGCAAUGAGUUCAAAGGAUUGCCGACAUCCAUCGAAUCACUUCUUUUAAAGUGUGAUGAAGACGAUGUUCGAAUUGAAUUUCAAGCUGAUAUUGUGUCGUCAUCGGACAACAUUGCAAAAUUAGGAAAUAUUCGCGUUGGAAGUCAGUGUGAGAGAAGAUCGAAACCAAGUCUGGGGAUUACACUUCCUCGAGCUUUCGAGGAUUAUGAGGAUGACAUGGACUGUUGGCUGGCAAAGAAAUCUUGCCAAGGAUUGGCGAAUUCUCCGACUACACCACAUGAAGCGGGAAUUGUCAAGGGUUGGCUCGAUAAGUUGGAAGGAAAUCGAAGUGAUCUGAACGUGGACUUGAAUCAAAUGGCAUUAGAAACGGAAUCGACUGAUGAGACUGCCUCAUUUGAGGUUAUCAAUGAUACGAAGACUCGAACUUCGACGAUUUCUCAUAUCGAUGAAAAAUCAACAAGAGAACAAUUUAGUCAGCGUUUUAUUAAGAAUCUUCAUCGUCCAAUGUGUGAUUGGCUUUUGAAAGUGUCGGAAUCUGCAAAAUGCGCUGAACUUCCUCCAGCUCCUGUUCCAAAAUGUUUUCAAGACGAACCAUUGAGCAGUGAAUCUCAAUAUGCGUUCAAUGAUGUUAUCCAAAAAGUCAUAAGUUCAAAUAAUGAUCAAUGGAUUCAGAAAACAGAAAAUAGCGAAGAUGAGAAAAUGGAAACCACUUCCUGUUCUACUGAGCCUGAGAUGGACGAUUUCGAAAAGUUUGAUCAGUCUGCAUUUAUUGAUAAUAUUGCAAAAUUAUUCGAAUCGACAUUAACCAGCGUGGCCACGAAAUCUUCAACACCAUCUAACGAUGAUAUUGCUAUAUGGAGGAACAUCAUCAACCAAAUGCAAAACGAGAAAAGCAAAGAGUGGUUGCUUAAAAAGUAA